UCCAACUCCCAAAUGCGCCAAAGCCGCAUCACACCACCCUCCUUCCGCCGCAGAUGGCCACCGGACUUGGUUUCCUCGCACCCAAACCCCUAUUUCUAACUUCUCACUUUACAAAGCCCUCUUAUAUCCCCACUCGAAAGUUGUCGACUAGACGCAAUUUGCUGCUCAGAGCCACCGCCGAUCCAUCAGGUCAGGUUGAAAACGAUGAAGCUGUUGAUAGCAACGUCUUGCAGUAUUGCAGCCUGGAUAAGAAGCAGAAAAAAACUCUAGGGGAGAUGGAACAGGAAUUUCUUCAAGCACUUCAGGCGUUCUAUUAUGAGGGGAAGUCUAUAAUGUCAAAUGAAGAAUUUGAUAAUCUCAAGGAAGAACUAAUGUGGGAAGGAAGCAGCGUUGUGAUGCUAAGUGCUGAUGAGCAGAGGUUUUUGGAAGCUUCAAUGGCCUAUGUAUCCGGAACCCCACUGUUGUCCGACAAGGAGUUUGAUGAACUGAAACAGAAACUUAAGGCAGAUGGGAGUGAAAUUGUGGUUGAAGGCCCUCGGUGCAGCCUCCGGAGUAGGAAGGUCUAUAGCGAUCUUUCUGUGGACUACCUAAAGAUGUUCCUUCUGAAUGUUCCGGCCGCAGUUGUUGCAUUAGGACUGUUUUUCUUCCUCGACGAUAUAACUGGCUUCGAGAUCACCUAUCUCUUAGAGUUGUGAAAGAUGUUUUGAUCUUAGUGGGAGUCUGUCCGAACUGUGGAACUGAGAACAAUUCAUUUUUCGGUUCCAUACUAUCGAUUUCUAGUGGAGGCUCCACGAACAACGUCAAAUGCUCCAAUUGUGGAAGUGCACUGGUGUACGACUCCAAGACAAGUUUGAUUACGUUGCCUGAGGGAGGCGAGGCAUGACUUGAUAAGGAUGUUGUCAUACGGCUAGCAACGACACAGCCGACAUUGGUGAUAUGAAGGUGAAUAAUACUACACAGGUUUCUAAAACUAUGUUAUUGCAGUAUCCAUCGUCAUUUAGUAUCUUGGAAAAAAUAGUACUCCAUAUCAUUGUUACACAAAUGUUUCAAUUCAUGAAAAUUUUCUUGAUGAAUC